AGCUCGGUCCAGGACCACCAGGAGGAGGCUCGGCUGCGCCGGCGGCGCCGGCGUCGGCACUCCGCGCAGUGCUACCAGCCUUCUGACUGUAAAAACUCCCUAUUUGAAGAGAGCGUGGAGAGGGAGGACGGAAGUGGCAAGGAAGAAGUGAGAGUUCAGACUUGGGAAAAUAGCGAAGGAGUUUUGAAAGGUGCAUGGCAGAGAUUGGAUUUAUUUGAUCUGCUAUUGGAUAUGAGCGGCGAGCAGUUUCAGCCUAUUUGUGUCUCAAAUUGGAACAAAAUUCCAAGCAUGGCCGCUGAAAAUACAUGGCAGUUUCGUGAAGGGCGCCAGAGCAGCGGCGCGAAACGGCCAACUUGCCGGAGGGGUGAGGAAGUUUUUAUUGCUUCAUAA